UGAAACGGGAAACACCGGGAUGAUUAUAUUAUCACGAUGACGAGAAAAAUGAUAAUAAGGAAGAUGGGUGUUUCGAUGAUAUUAGAUCAAUUUCAAUUGAAAAUAAUUAUCAUUCUCGGCUUGAUUUUUUACAUCGACACAACACAAGCCGGAAGUUGCAGUGCCGCUAAGCUUUGUUGUCAAGGAAGGGAUUCCGGUUGUGUCAUACAAAAGGAAUCACCUAAUGCCAUAAUCGAAAGCCCAAGAGACAAACCGUGUUACUGCGAUCACGCGUGUCUCAAACUUGCCGAUUGUUGCGACGAUUUUAAAGAAACUUGCGGCGUGGUAGAUUGUAUAGUAAGCGAAUGGAGCGAGUGGUCAGCGUGCAAUACGGGAUGUGGCAGUGGAACACAAAAACGAACUCGCAGUAUACGAAUCUCGGAGAAAAAUGGUGGAAAGCAUUGUCCUAGACUGGAUCAAAUCAGAAGCUGUCGAAGCUUUCAAUCUUGUCACUCUGGAAUUCUUCGUCCUUUGCUUCACGACAGGAGUGUGACGUUACUAUCCUUUUUACCUGCUGAAUACAACGGUACCGAAGUUGGCAUUGAAAAUGAAAUACCCAAAAUGAGCCAUAGGUGUGUUGCAUUCACUAUCGUGCGUGCUUCCAAAGCUUGCAAAAGGAUAUCUUCUUCCUUGGCCGAAGGUACUAGAAUAUGCGUGGAGGAACGUGGACAGGAAGAUGACGAGGAAGAUAAAAAAAAUGAUGGAAUUAGUAGUAGUAUUAAUAAUAAUAAAAUUAUUAGUGGUAGUAGUAUCGAUAAUAGUAUUAGUAGUAGUAGUAGUAUUAUUAAAGAAGGUAGAAGAGGAAAGUUGUUCGUGGGUAUUGGCAGAUGGAAACUAUCGACGUCCUAUGAGGCCGGAAGUGCUGUUAGAAUUGCUAUGAAUUCGAGCUGCCAUGGGAAAUGGAUAGGCGAUUCAAGGCUUCUCAUCGAUUGCAAUGAUCCAACUUGUGGAGAUAAUACUAAUACUACUACACGUUUACGCGUCGAUAAACGUCUACGAAGAAGCUUGCAAUCCAAGGAUAAUAAUAUCGUCAACGAUAAUAACGACGAUCAGGAAAAUUAUAACGAUCACGAUUACAAUGAUGAUGAUAAUUAUUUUCGAAGGACCAAAGAAGAUAUUAGGGAAAGGUGCAGAAGAAGGAGGAGGGGUAGACGACGAAAGAGAAGCAGAAGAAGAAGACACGAUCUUUUUAAUGUCAAAUCUUAAUUCUAUAAACACGAUUAUAUUAUUAUGUUUAUUAUUAUUAUUAUUAAUGUACGAACUUGUGAACAAAAAAGAACAAAAAAAAAAAACACACACACAUACACUCAGAUACUUAUACGCAAAUAGAGGAAUCCAUCGUGUAUCUUG